GCUGACGUCACAGCUUGUCCUUCAUAUCGACACUACAUACACGGAGAAUUCGCCAUUACAUUGAGCACCCGAGUUUGUUGGAUGUACAGGUAGCUGGCGUUUGGAUUUAAACAAAUGUUGGGGAUAUACAAAACUGUAGCCGUCCUUCUCGGUACCCUGUCGUCAUUACUAGCCGUACAGGCUAGUACAGGCAGACGUUUCGAGGAAAUCACACUUACAGGGGGAGCUGUAAACAUUACAUCGCCAGGAUUUCCCAAACAAUAUGGCGCUAACUUAACAUAUGCAUGGAGGAUACAUGCUUCGAGCAUCGACCGCCGAGUGGGCGUUGACAUUGUAUACUUUGCCUUGGAAUCGUCCCGUCAUUGUCAAUACGACAGGCUGUCCUUCUACGAUGGACCAGACAAUUCAACUGGACCCCUGUUCCAAUUUUGUGGCACUGACACAGACCCACGCAGUUUCCUCAGUAGCAGAGAUAGCAUGUACAUACAGUUUACCUCUGAUUCCUUCGUGAAUGCAGGAGGGUUUCGAAUCGUCGUCAUUGACUUUGAAAAAUGCGGCGGAACGCUGACAGCAACAUCACAAGUGGCAAACAUCACCUCCCCGGGGUAUCCUUACACCUACUUUAAUGGUCUUAACUGCACGUGGGUCAUAACAUCGGAAAAUGAAAACGACACAGUUGGACUGACAACUCUACAUUCAGAAAUUGAGGUCUCUUCCUCACAUGGCUGCCGCUUUGAUGUCCUGAGUGUGUAUAACGGAAAUACAACUGAAGCUGAUCAAUAUCUUGGACAAUCCUGUUCUAACCAGAUGCCAAUAUACCAAAGUUCGAAGAAUUCACUGUUGGUUCAGUUCACCACCGAUGGGAGCACAACUAAGCAAGGCUUUAUGCUACAAUAUGUUGCACGAAAAGAGGGCGACUGCAAUAAUACGUAUUUUGUGUAUUCCACACCCAUCAUCAUUCUGUCACCUGGAUACCCCGACUCUUAUGACAGGAACUUGAAAUGCGUCAUAGAACUGGCCGAUAUCGGACAUUCAAUGGCAGGAAACUUGAAACUAGACAUCCUCAACUCUGAUUUAGAUGGCGCCUACCCGCACUGCGAUAAUGACUCAGUUUCACUUUAUCAAGGUGGAAGUCGCAUUGGAGAGUUUUGUGGUGAUUCUUCAAUAACCUCAAUUGGUCCGUACUACUCCAAUGGAAUGGUUAUGAAAAUGGUAUUCAAAACCAACGAUGACACUAGUGGUCGGGGCUUUCGAAUCAAAGCUUCACACAGUGUACGGAAAGUUGUACCGACCCUGUCAACGGACUGUGGCUCUCAGUUCCUUAAUGCAACCACACAUCCACAACACUUACAGUCCCCUGGAUACCCUGUACGAUAUCCAAGCAAUGAAGAAUGUUUGUGGACAAUUACGGCUUCUAAUCCUAAUAUGAUGGUGCGCAUCGACGUCAUUGACUCGGAUAUAUACUCUACAGAUAGAAGUUACGUAAAUUGCAAAUUUGACCGUGUUACGGCUUACGACGGACCUUCGAUCUUUAAUGACACGUUAUUAUUCUGGUGCGGCCAAUCACGACCGACCCUUCAAAGCAGUGGAUCAGCUAUAACGGUUCAGUUCCAUACAUAUUUGUUUGGACAUCAGAGAGGUUUCAAGUUGGCCUAUUUGGAAACGCAUGAACCAUAUACUUGCGGAAGGACAUUGAAUAUUACUACGGCUGACUAUACAGCCUUGACAUCGCCUAACUAUCCUGGGCCAUACCCAAACCGCCAGGAUUGCAACUGGAUCAUAUAUGCUCCACCAAACACGAAUAUUGAAGCUAAAGUCAGAAACACACUGAUUGAAUCAACAUCCCAAUGCUCUUACGAUUACCUGGAAAUAUGCGACGGCAUGAGAUCCAGUGUAUCGGACCCAGGGAGGUACUGUGGGGAUGACAACCUUGACUACAUCAGUUCCGGUCACAUCAUCAGCGUCAGGUUCCACUCUGACUCUUCGACCAGAAGCAAAGGAUUUCAAAUGCUUCUCAAGGCGGGACACUUCAGUGGUUCAGAGACGGAGGAGCUUUCAGCCUCCUAUAGCAACGAAUACAUAUAUUCUCCUAAUUACCCAUUUAAUUACCCGAGUGACACUGAGUCCAGCUGGAAGAUCACGGCGGACGAAUACUACAGUGUCCUGAUCAACGUAAUGGAAUCAAGACUCCAAAACUCGUAUAACUGUCUUGAAGAUUACAUGGAGGCGUUCGAUGGUUCGGGCCCUUUCGCCCCCUCACUUGGUCGCUGGUGUGGAAAAAAUGAACCAGUGAAAACAAGUUCUGGAUCUGUUAUGUUCCUGAAAUUCAAGUCGGAUUCAUCUGGUGUUGAUCGUGGCUUCAAGAUCAAGUAUACAAACGAAUAUAAUUAUAAAUCACCAGAUUUUGAUACUGAUGUUGGAGCAAUUGUUGGGGGUUCAAUUGGUGGCGCGUUUCUGAUGCUACUCAUAAUAUGUGGAAUCGCCAUAUUCAUCUACAAAAAAAGUCGACGCAUUCCUACCACCAACGUUCCAGUGUAUUAUACCGUAGGCCAUGUACCACCGUCCAGCAAUUUUGGCCAAGCACCGAUGACCAUCACUAUGCCCCCAACAACCUUCACUGGACCUCUGUCCUACACAACGUCAGCCCAGGCCGUUGACACGCCUCAUUCAGCGCACCUCAAUUCCGAAACCGUAUCCAACAAAUUAUAAAGUACCAUGUGUACAAUCAUCAUCGAUUAUCAUGUGUAUAUUAAAAUAUCCAUACUCUUAAUUAAGAAUACAAUACGGACUAAUUCCGUCGCAUAAGAGAUAGCUAAGAAGAGAUAGGAGCGAUGAAGAUGAAGCUGUGGCGAAUAACUCGAGCUCCGGGGAAUGUAUCCUAAUAGAAAGAAUCUAUACACAAGAUAAUCGAUGAUAGUAUACGGCAUGAUGUGACAUAUAAAGAAAUGUACCUGUUAUCUCAGUUAUGUUCAGGAAAAUUGAACUUAUAUGAUUCGCGGCAGUUAUCCAAACGAGAAUGUACAUAGUCCUUUGAUGUUUGCAAUAGUGUACUUAAACGUUGUAUAGUGAGUGAGUGAGUUUGGUUUUACGCCGCUUUUAGCAAUAUUCCAGCAAUAUCACGGCGGGUAAACGUUGUAUAGAACUGUAUAAUAUCAAUAUUCAGUGAUAGUGUCAAUGCAUCUGUGACGUGUAUUUGUCCCCCCCCCCCCCCCCCGAGGGACUUUAAGUGAGAUGUUUAUGUUUGAAGUGUGUGUUACAUAUUCGUACUUGGAACAAAUUGGAAAUUAUGUUUAAUGAACCUAUGUAACAGCAGGGUAUUUUAUUGGCUUUUGGUUUGGUUUUAUAUAUUUCAGUCUUAAGAUUUCAAUAAAGCGACCAUUGAAGAUUUG